GCCAACAACAGUGCCAACAACAGUGCCAACAACCUCAACAGCUACCGAAAGCAGUAGUUUAAAUGAAACAACUUCUGAGCCGUCAGUGACAACAAGCCAAACACCUACAGGAAGCACUACUCUAACUGAAAUGACUGCGACAACAUCAGUGACAACCAGCCCAGCACCUACAGGAAGCACUACUCUAACUGAAAUGACUGCGACAACAUCAGUGACAACCAGCCCAGCACCUACAGUGGACUUCUGCCAUGGAGAUCCUUGCGGAAGGAAUUUGGCUACAUGUGUUUCCUUAAACAGCAGUUAUACCUGUGUGUGCCAAUAUGGAUUCUACUACAAUGAGAGCAAUGAGAAUUGUUACAGAGGGAAAGUAUUCCCAGCAACCAUUGCAGUGAACGCAAAUUACACUGAUAGUCUUCAAGAUGUAAAUUCCACGGAGUAUGAAGACAUGUUCAACAAUCUGUCAAAAUUUUUUAAGGAGGCCUUGGGAAAUCUAACAGACUAUGUAGAAACUGUCAUCAUGGAAAUUCAACGUCCAAGCAAAAGCAGAAAUUCUGUUCCAGUGAGGGUAAAAGUGACAAGCCUGUUCAGGUUGGACUCACCUCAAGAUAACAACACAGUUUAUUCUGCAGUACGAGAUGCAAUAGGAAAGGAAAACAACUCCUAUGUCGAGUCUUACCUCGAGGCAAAACAUUGUGAUAUUUAUCAGUGUGACACUAAAACUACAGAGUGUAAAGAGGGCACAAUUCCAGAAUGCAAAUGCAAAUUUGAUUUAGAAAGGACAGAAUGGGAUGAUCGUUCUUGUUCAGCUUGCAGUAAAGACUGUUCUGCAGCAAGGCACAAGUACUGUGUAAAAGAAGAAGAGGUUCCAACGUGCAAAUGUAUGGCUAACUUUAAAACUGUGUCUGGAGACUGUGUGCCUUGUCCAGUGGGCUACUCUGGGGAAGAAUGCAGUGACAAUACUGAACUCAUCCUUAUAAUAGUGGGCACAGUGUUUGGAGCCAUUAUCCUGAGUUUAGUGAUAGCAGUCUCUAUAAUUUCAGUCAGAGCAAAACACAAACGAAGUCCAGAGAAGAGGAGCCUGAUAAAGUCAGGGUAUUCUGACACGAAUACCUCUGAUGACAGACCAAGCAUGUUCCCCAGGGUCCAGACCACCUCCGGCCAUGCAAACCCAGGAUAUCAGCCCCACAACCCCUAUGAGAUGAGUUCCAAAAAUAGAGAUCGUUUUCCAGAGAGGGAUUAUGAUGAUAUGUACGAAACAUCACGGGAGCCCAGGGGCUUCAGGACACAGAGCAGAUAUUGAGUGACCAGAGCAGGAGGAGGAUGGAUGACCACCACAACACUGGGUCAGAGCAAAGAGUUUCACAGCCUCCCACCAAUGCAGUUACUUCAGCAGAAGAGACAACCACGUCCUUAACCCCAGAUUCUCUCAAGAUUUUCUAGAGGAAGACUCGUGCUUGAAAGAGAUCAUGGACAGCUUUGAAAUAAGAGAAAAAUGUUAGAGAGUAGGGAGAAGAAGAGGACUUAUCUUAAAAGAGCUAAUGUGCUCCAGUAAACAUUAGACUUCUUCGAUGAGGCCAGUACAUUGGCAAGAGAGUGAGUGUACACAAGAUACCAGGAUUUUAACCCUGCUGGUUUUCAGUUUUUUCCAGAGGAUAGUCCAGGCAAUAUGUGUGAUGCUGAAAAACAUCAGUACCCAUAGCUUCACUUGGAUUUGUGCUCACCUAAUUUGAACUAUGGCUUUGGGCAGAUGAAAACUGUUUUUCAUGAGAACCUGACCUGUUUCACUUUACUGUAUUAGAUACAGGUUUUUUCACCAUCCUCAACCCCCCACUAUUUCCCAUAUUCAGUAUUUCCCAUCUGAAAGCAUUGUGGUCAGAUCUCUGAUGACAGGGGUUGUGUGAGACAAUGGCACUUGUCUGACCUUUUCCACUGCUUCCUUCCCAAUACAAUGGCAAGAUACAAUACCUUCAAACAAACACUAUUCUUUUCAUCUUGCAAAACUGCAUUGGUUUUACAUUUUUAACUCCUGUGGAAAGUGUUAGCAUAUUUUUUUUCUUUUGAAGUCUUUAUGUUCGAAUGAUAAUAAGCUUGGUGUUUGGGUUUUCUUAAAAUUUCUUGCAUACAGUCAAUAAAUCUGUCUGUAAAAUAAUUUAUAUGUUACUGAAUUUUACUGAGUGUGCAUUAUCUGUUGACUGGCAUUAAUAAUUGCAUAAAAUACUUAUAUGCACCCAUAUGUACAUAUAUUUAUAGGUUACAAUCAUUUAAAGCAUCACUUAAUUCUAUUGUAUUUUGUGUUUUGGUUUUUAUAUAUGCAGAUUAACUUUUCCUAUUAAACAUUAU